AUGCCGGUCACUUCUUCUUUCGAUACAUUCGAGACAGGGGAUAGAGAUUCACGCAUCAUCGAGAUUGCGCCCGUCGCCGAGACCCGAUGGCAAUACCUUUGUCGUUACUUUACUACUCGGGAUGGAUGGAUUGGCAACUACGACUAUGCAUAUCUCGUCACUCCAAACAUCUGGCCACUCAACAAGAAGUACAAGGAUUAUCAGGCACCAUUCUACGGGUUGAACGACGAGGUGCCAAUUCUUUUGACCAUCAUCCUCGGCCUGCAGCAUGCCUUGACCAUGAUUGGAUCAGUCGUUUCACCUCCUCUGGCCAUUGCAAGUGGUGCUUUCUACUUGAACGCGGAAAAAAGCCAGUACCUUGUUUCUGCAGCCUUCAUCACAACCGGCAUUGCGACUGCUCUCCAGGUGACGCGGGUACACUUUGCCAAAAUUCCCUUCUACAUUGGAACCGGUCUGCUCUCAGUGGUAGCUCCCACGUUUGAUGUCCUGGCCAUCGCAUUUAGCUACUCUGAUAUGCGUUACGCAAAUGGGACAUGUCCUACAGCAUCUGAUGGAUCGAAGUUGCCAUGCCCGGAUGCGUGGGGUGCGAUGCUGGGAACUAUUCUUUGCACCGUUUGGAUUCAGAUAUUGCUUUCUUUUGUCCCGCCAAAGACCUUGAAUCGCAUUUUCCCGAAGGUUGUCACUGGUACCCUCCUUCUUCUCGUUGGUGUGUACCUGAUCUCAAGUGGUAUGGAGAAUUGGGGUGGCAGUUCCAACUGUGAUGGUGGCACUGGCUACUAUGCACUUUGCCCGAAUACUGCGGCUCCCAAACCAUUGCCUUGGGGUGAUCCAAAACUGAUAGGCCUCGGCUUCAGUGUCUUCAUCACAAUCAUUUUCGUCGAGCUUUUCGGAUCACCACUCAUGCGCUCUGCAUCUGUUGUUCUUGGCCUAGCCGUGGGUUGCGCGAUCUCCGGAGCCACUGGAUACUGGUCAAGAGAGAAUAUCAACGCAGCACCCGUCGCAACUUUCCUCUGGGUUGAGACAUUCAAGUUGUCGGUAGAUGGCGCCCUGGCCUUGCCUCUUUUGAUUAUGUUUAUCUGCGAGGCAGUCAGCUGUAUGCCUGAUAUCCUAGCUACGGCGGAGAUUUCCGGAGUAGAUAUCGACGGGAUUGAGUUCAACAGCCGCAUUCAAGGUGGUAUCCUAUGUGAUGGCGUGGGUAGUCUGGUUAGCGCUUUGGGUACAGGAUUGCCUAUGGUCAGUCAGGCAGGAAAUAACGGUGUCAUCUCGUUGACUGGUUGUGCAAGCCGAAGAGCAGGUUGGUGUGCCGCGGCCUUCCUAGUUCUCAUGGGCAUAUUCGGCAAAUUCGGCGCAGUCUUCGGCUCAAUGCCCCCAUCCGUCCUGGGAGGAAUGCAAGUCUUCCUAUACAGCACCAUUGUUGUCGCCGGUGUGAAAGUCCUCAGUCUUGUCGAGUUCACUCGUCGAAACCGCUUUAUCCUUACAGCCGCUCUGGGCAUUGGAUUCAUGGACAUUGUUUCUCCUAGCUGGUUUGCGAAGAUUCUGGCUUAUCAAGGGUCGAAUGUCCGACUGCAAGGGUUCGAGCAGGGUAUCAAUCUUAUGGUUGAGACGCCAUUCAUUAUUUCGGCUGUUGUGGGUGUGGUCCUGAAUCUCGUUCUUCCGCAUGAUGGUAGUAAGAAGGUGGAGAUGCUGGAUGGGCGAGAUGGUCGGCCGGCACUUCCGACUUAA